AAACCAAUAUGGCGAUAGAAUUGAGGAGAGGGAAUUUUAAUAUAAUUACCGGAACACGUGCAGAUCAACAUGGUGAGAUGAAUUGAAGCAACAUGUGAUUUUUGUGUUCUUUUGCAUUUGAGUGACAUAAAAAAUAAUUAACAUAAAAUAUUAAUAUGAAGAAAGUUAAAAAUAUGUGGUGUACUGACCCUGACAACAUCUUAUACAAGUUCACAUAAUUCAUAUAUAUCAAAUUCUAAACGAAAACAAAAGCAUAUAAGAAAAGUCAUCAGUUGCGUUUGAUUGCGUCCUUUAAAAUAUAUAUUCGAAAUCAUACUACAAAAAGAAAAACGAAUAUACACUCUUAAAAUACAAUAAAUUAAUAUAAAAUAAUCAACAAUGGCGUCAUUUAUGGAACAGAGAACAAUUUUUCAAUUAUUAAAUGAAAUACCAGACGAGAGGGAAAUUGUGAAGGAUGCAAGUUCAGAUGAGGAGAAUAUUUUCGAGGACAAUAUGAAUAAUUUAAGUAACGAUAAAGAUUAUUCAUCUGAAUUAGAAGCAACAUCCGAUUGUGAGGAUUAUUUUUUAACAAACGAUAGAGAUGAUUAUUUUUCAACAAAAAAUGACACGUGUAAGUGGAGAAAAUUUCAAUAUAAUAAUAAUAAUAAUGAUAAAUUACAUACUCAGGAAUUAAUAAGCAGCGCAAUAAAUGUAACUAGUGAGAGUGAUGCUUUUUUAAAAUUAAUUGAUGAGAAAAUGUUGGAUUUAAUUGUAAUGAGUACAAAUAAAAAAAUUGAGAGAAAAAAAAAUCAAUAUAAACGUGAUAGAGAUGUGCAAAAUUUAACGAAAAAUGAAUUAUUAGCAUUAUUUGGACUUUUAUUUUUAAUUGGAAUUAAUAAAGGUAAUCAUACAAGUACAGAGGAAUUAUGGACAACUGAUGGUACGGGAAUAUCAAUGAUACGUGCUUGUAUGAGUAAAAAACGUUUUUUAUUUCUAUUAAGAAAUUUACGUUUUGAUAAUGAUGAAAUAAAACAUAAAAGACGAACAAUUGAUAAAUUAGCGCCAAUACGUUAUUUUUUGGAUUCAUUUAUAACAAAUUGUAAAAGUUCAUAUAGCGUUGGACAAUUUGUUACGGUUAAAAGUUUAGAUGUAUUUGAAGGACAAUUGAAUUCUAGUCAUAAUUUAUCGAAAAAUCUUGCAAAAUGUGGAAUGAAAAUAUUUGCAUUGUGCGAUGCAAAAACAUAUUUUACAAAUAAUUUUGAAAUUUAUUGUGGAACACAACCUGAUGGUCCAUAUCGUGUAUCAAAUGAUCCAAUUGAUAUUGUUGAACGUUUAAUUGCGCCAAUUGAGGGUUCAAAUCGAAAUUUAACAAUUGGCAGUUGGUAUAUGAGUUCAAAACUCGCUAAUUCUCUAUUAGAGAAAAAAAUUACAUGCAUCGGUGCAAUAACAAAAGAUAGAUCUGAUAUUCCUGUGGAAUUUUUACCAAAUAAAUAUAAACGAAUUGGUACAACAAUAUUUGGAUAUAAGCCAAAUAUGACACUUGUCUCAUAUGUAACGCAAACAAAUCGUUCAAUUAUUUUAUUAUCGACAAUGAAAAAUUGUAAUAUUGUCGAUGAGAAAACAAAAAAACCACUUGUUGCACUUUAUUAUGAUAUGACAAAAGGUGCAGUUGAUGUUGUUCAUCAAUUAUGUAAUGCUUAUUUUAUUGCACGCAUUACAAAUAAAUGGACAUUGGCAUUAUUUUUUACAUUAACAAAUAUUGCAAGUGUUAAUGCACAAAUUUUAUAUGAGGCAAAUAAUGAGGAUUGUCGUGUUAUAAGAAAGAAAUUUUUAAAAAAUCUCUCAUUAAGUUUAAUGAAAAAUCAUUUAUGUGAGAGGGCAAAAAUUUUAACACUACCCAUUGAAAUAAGAGCAAUAUUGGCGAGAUAUCGUGUUGAACCAAUUGAAAUACAAAAGGAAAAUAAUGAAGAAAGUCGAAAACGUGGACGAUGUCAUUUAUGUGCACGAGCAAAAAAUGUUGAUACAACAAUAAAAUGUAAAUUUUGUCGAAGAUUCUCUUGUAAGGGACAUGUGGAUAUUGUGGUAACUUGCAUUGAAUGCAAGACUGCAAAAAAUGAAGAUAUGUGAUUUUUUUUUUUGUAAUAAAUCGAUAAUAAGAUAUAAAAAAA